AUGGUGUACCCUGCUGAAGCGCAACCCCGAUACACAUACCUACUAUGGCACAUCUUCAAUUAUCCCACAGCCGCCGGGCACGAAGCUGCUUUCGCCGUAACGAAAAACUGGGGUGACAGUAUCAACUCUCUGUACUCCGUGUUACUUGAAGUCAUUCUGGUCCAAGCCUUCCACUUACUCAUUCUGGCCUUUGUUUAUGUCGGUAACAGAUCUUCGUCGGAUUCUAUCCACUUGGCUACUAAAGUCUUUUACGAGGAUGAGCCGGCUGCGGUACUAUUACGAGUUCUGAGCAGAUUUACUGGUGGUAGGGUUAGUCAGAACCCGACAUCGCCGUCGAACAGGGCUAUCAAACGGUACGAGCAAACACUGUUACUUGUCGUGAUUGGGGUUACCGUGCUUUUUGUCCCAAAGAUUGUUCCAGCCUUUGCUAUCCAUGGGUUGCUCAUCGGUACUUCCGCCCCUGUCGAUCCACUUCAGGUAUACGUGCCAGAGAGUCCCUGGUUUACAACAGGAAAUGUCGGACUUCAGAUACCAUUAGAAGCUCUUGCUCAACCGAGAUAUUUGCGUGCCGUCGGUCAGGCAGAUACUGCGAGUAUUGAUUUGCAAAACAAAGUGACUGUCACUGCACCAGUCACGUUACAGAAUCUUGGAAAAGGGGAGCAAAUUCUCGAGAUUGGCUACAAUUACAGCCUGACAGCUCAGGAUCUCGGCUUGCAAAAUUUUCAUGGCCUUCAAUUGAACGUCCAAGGCUCUUGUCAUACUGAAUAUGGCUGGCUUAAUAAUACUGAAUCGGAGGGCACUUCAACCGAUGUCUAUAACAUCUUUGGGGAUGAUUCGAUAAACUGGAAAGCAUCCCCAUACUAUGGCUAUGUGCCUAUCGCGUUUUCUGAUUUUCCUAAGGCAUCUGGGACAUUCAGAAUUAACAAUACAUACGCCAUUAUGAUAAGUUCUAUGCAAUGCGACAGCUUCACCAUUGGUACAGAUCCCUGGUACCUCACAAAUACUACAGGCACGCCGUACAAUGGAGACACCGUAUACAAUGUCUUACGCGGCAGACCAGGUCUAUCAUGCUGGCAGUCAGACGAAUGGACAUACAAAGACCAGAGCAGCAGCACCUGGAAUCUCUCAUCUAUAUCUGGCUUGAACUUCCCACAAUCCCUCCGAAAUGUCUUCUAUAACCUGAUCGGACCCCCUUCGAUCUUCAGCACGGCAACUGCACUCGGCUCGAUUGCACUAGCGUCUAGUACGACCGCCCAACUAUAUACUAUAGACGCGGCAUCCUCGAGCAUAUACAAUGAUAUGCAAAGGUUGGUGCUAACGACUUAUAUCUCGACGGCAAAUUUGCUCGUUGAUACAACGUUGUACAACAAAACCAAUACAUAUGGUCUUAACAGCAUCGUCUCGUCUGGCGACCUGGACCAGGUUGCCCAGUUUGUCGUUUCUGAUCAAAAUAUUACCACCGUCUCGUUGGCGUAUGCCAUUGGAAUACCCAUAGGAACGGUACUCAUAUACCUGAUCGUGAAACUCUUGAAGAUCUAUGUUCAGCCGAGGGCUUUCGAUGGGGUUAGCCGAACACCUGAAGCUGUGGUCAGGAUCAAUGAGGCUGAAAAGGCCUAG